AAUAUAGAUUCAUUGAAGUCAUCUGAAGUUAACAAAAGGUCCAAAAAAAUUACCAAGGACGUCACAAAAAUUUCUUCCAAAAAGCGUAAAGCGACAGAUGAAAUAACCAAAAAAAAACACAAAAAAAUAUCAUCACCACAAUCAAAGUCAAGUAUGACAAAAGAAGUAAAUUCGUCUCAGAAAACACGGGAGAUCGAGCGUGAAUCAAGUUCACCAUCUGCGGAUGAAUCAGAAGAAGUCGAUGAUCAAACGGAUGCGCUAUUACGAGGAUUUCAAAGUGAUGAGGAAGAGGGCGAGUCAUUGGACGAUUCAAAGAUCCCUCAUCUAACUAUACCCACCCGAAAGGAAGUUAGCAAGGUUCAAGAAAAAAUCCUCAAUGAUAUUGCAAAAUCUGGCGCACAUGAGAAGCCAGGAGUUGUAUAUGUCGGUCGGAUACCUCACGGAUUUUACGAAAAUGAAAUGCGGGGAUAUUUCAAGCAAUUUGGAACUAUAAGCAAGCUUCGUCUGUCACGUAACAAGAAAACUGGUGCUAGCAAACAUUAUGCAUGGAUUAAGUUUGCGUCAGCUACUGUGGCUGAAAUUGUUGCGAAAACAAUGGAUAAUUAUCUUAUGUUUGGUCAUUUAUUAAAGGUCAAGCUGGUUCCAGAUGAACAAGUUCCAGAAGCAUUAUUCAAAGGUGCGAAUAAAAGAUUCAAAAAGAUUCCUUGGAAUAAAAUAGAAGGGAGAAGACUUGCACAACCUACCUCCGAGGAGGUAUGGAAGAUCCGGAUUGAAAGAGAAGAAAAGCGGAGGCAAGAAAAAGCUGAAAAAUUGAAGAAAAUUGGGUAUGAAUUUGAAUCUCCCCAAAUAAAAUCAGUCUGUACUAUACAAAGGGAAGAAGUAAUUUCAACCUGCAUUGAUGUCAAUUGUGGAUAG